AUGUCUAAAGAAUCGCAAAAUCGAAACGAUAAUAAUAAUAUUUUAAUAGAGAAUAAUUCAUCGGGAAAAAAAUUAGAUUCGAAUCGAAUAGAUAAUCAGAAAAAUUCCAAGACAGAUCAAAAUACUCAGCAACCACAAUUACAGAGUGGAGCAACGGGAAAAAUAAAAGAUGGGAUAAAGCCGGGAAUUGCUGAACUUGUUCAAGAUCCUAUCAAUUCCAUAAAAUUUAUAAAAUUCUUACAUCCCAGCAAGAAACGUUUAACAGAGACUGAACUCGCUAACUAUAACGCGCGUUUACUUCGCUUCAAUAAAUUUAAAGACGUUUUACAGAGCUCUAACGUAGAUCUAGCCGCACUCAGAAAAUUUAGUUGGUCAGGAAUACCGGAUGAAUUACGACCAAUGGCGUGGCAGUUUCUUCUUGGAUACCUUCCUUGUAAUUCAGAUCGUCAAGUAGCUACAUUAGCACGUAAACGGAAAGAAUAUGAGGAUAGUGUGUCUCAAGCAUAUGCAAAAGGGAUUGAGGGAUUGGAUCAAGCAAUAUGGCAUCAGAUACAUAUCGAUGUGCCAAGAACAAAUCCCGGUACACCAUUAUAUCAAUAUGAAACCACACAGCAGUGUUUAGAACGAAUUCUUUACGUCUGGUCAAUAAGACAUCCAGCUAGUGGAUAUGUGCAGGGCAUAAAUGACCUCGUUACACCUUUUUUCCAAGUAUUUCUCGCUGCAUACAUAGAUGACGAUCCCGAGUACUAUAAUCCCGGUAGUUUGCCUAACGAGGUGUUGAGUGUUAUAGAGGCAGAUAGUUUUUGGAGUUUGUCGAAAUUGCUGGAUGGGAUUCAGGAUAAUUAUACAUUUGCACAACCUGGGAUACAACGACAAAUAGGAAAAUUAAAAGAACUUAUAAAUCGAAUUGAUUCCACACAUCUUCAAGCCGAAGGAGUUGAAUUCAUUCAAUUUGCAUUUCGGUGGAUGAAUUGUUUAUUGAUGCGGGAAUUGUCAUUAAAAAAUACUAUUCGCAUGUGGGAUACGUAUUUGGCAGAAGGUCCAGACGGUUUUUCCGAAUUUCAUUUGUAUGUGUGCGCAGCGUUUUUGGUAAAAUGGUCUGACAAAUUAAGGUCGAUGGAUUUUCAGGAAAUCAUGAUAUUUCUUCAAUCGUUACCUACUUCUCAUUGGGUCGAAAAAGACAUUGAACUGCUGGUUUCGGAAGCGUACAUGUGGAAAAGUCUUUUUCAUAAUGCUCCGAAUCACUUGUCGAGAACUUGA